GCACCCGGCCUGCUCUGCCCUCCACUACUCCCUGCAGGUGGCACGCUGAUCUCUGGUCCCCACUGCUCUCGGCUCACCUUCCCUCCUGCUGUGCCACUGCUGGCUCCACUGCCCUGGCUUUGCUUCUUCUGCCUUUCCCUGCCCCAUCAUCCAGCCCUGGAUGACGCCGGGCCCCCUGACACGAGUGUACACACUUCCUUCACUUGCACACCCCAUGCUGUAAUUACAGCCCAAUGGGAUCUGUGCUGUGGUGGAGGCAGCUGAGGCCUGUGGGGUGCUAGGGAGACUACUUGCCCUACCUCUGUCCUGCAAUAAAGGGGUUCCCUCCCAGCAAAGAGGGGAAGGGACCAGCCAGCACGGUGACACAGCAUAAAGGAGGCGUGUCUUCACGUGGAAGCUUCACUUGUCAUAAGCGACUUGGAGGGGUCUUUUUUCCAUACCUGCUCUCGCCGUUCAACUAGGACCCAUCAGUGCAGCGCAGGGGCGGCGCCCAGCGGUAGCAUUCAGACGCCUGCUCUUCGAGGGCAUGAAGGCGUUCAAAGGCCAGGACAAGCAGGUGCGCCUCUUCCGACCCUGGCUCAACAUGGACCGCAUGCUGCGCUCGGCCCUGCGGCUCUGCCUGCCGAGUUUCAACAAGGUGGAGCUACUCGAGUGCAUCCGCCGGCUGGUGGAAGUGGACAAGGACUGGGUGCCUGACAGCCCGGGCACCAGCCUCUACGUCCGGCCCGUGCUCAUUGGGAAUGAGCCCUCGCUAGGUGUCGGCCAUUCCACACGAGCCCUCCUAUUCGUCAUUCUCUGCCCGGUGGGCUCCUACUUCCCUGGAGACUCCGUGCGCCCUGUCUCCCUCCUGGCUGACCCCACAUUCAUCCGGGCCUGGGUGGGUGGGGUCGGCGACUGCAAGUUGGGGGGGAACUACGGGCCCACGGUGUUCGUGCAGCAGGAGGCGAAAAAGAAGGGCUGCGAGCAGGUGUUGUGGCUGUACGGGCCUGACCACGAGCUCACCGAGGUGGGCACCAUGAACAUCUUCAUCUACUGGACCCACGAGGAUGGGGUGCUGGAGCUGGUGACGCCCCCGCUGGAUGGGGUCAUCCUGCCUGGAGUGGUCAGACAGAGCCUGCUGGACCUGGCCAAGACCUGGGGCGAAUUCCGGGUGGUGGAGCGGAAGAUCACCAUGAAGAUGCUGGUGCGGGCCCUGGAGGAGGGUCGGGUUCGGGAGGUCUUCGGUUCAGGCACGGCUUGCCAGGUCUGCCCUGUGCACCAAAUCAUGUACCAGGGCAAGAACCUCCACAUUCCCACCAUGGACAACGGCCCUGAGCUUAUCGAGCGUUUCUAUAACGAGCUGAAGGCAAUCCAGUACGGAGCGAAGGCGCACGAGUGGAUGCUGCAGGUGUGACGCCGCGGCGGGGGCCCAGCACCCCUCGGAUCCUCCUCGCCUCGCCCCGGACGCUCGCCGCCUCCUACCAAUGACUCACCUGAAGUGCAAUAUAACUAAAGGCCUGGGGCCCGGCGCCCGGUCCCCGGGGCUCCCACGGUCGCUACACUCCCAAAGCCAUAAGGGCCCGACACAGGUGUCUCGGCCCCUCGCCCCGCCUCUCAGGCCUCGGGGACCUCGACCCCUGCAUCUCCGUUUUGUGGGGUUAAGACUGCAUCUUGGCCUCGACUCCGCUCCGUUUUCGGAUCUCCCGGUGGUGCCGUUGAGAUAUAUGUGUAUAUAUAUUCUCUUCUUGCUGCAAUUUUGAAAUAAAAUGCCAAAGAACAAGACCUGAGCAGUCAUCUCCAGUGAUGCAACCGGGGACCCUGGCUCUUGACCAGAAGCGCAGUCACGCUGCUCCUGUGCAGGGACUCAGCGAUCCGGGUCCUCGUGGUUUGUGACAUGGGAGAGUUUUGCCCUUUGUCACAAGCUGAACUUCACAUCUCCCCCCAUGAAGUCCUCCCGUCAGAUCCCAUCUGUCCUCAGGUCCUGUACUGCUGCCCAGCUGUCCUGUCUGUCCCCUCAUCUUGGCUUCAGCCCAGAUCUUGUCUUUGCACUGAUACCUUGUCCCAUCCUCUCUCACCUCCAGGAUAGCCCCCAAAGAGGUCGCUGCCUCUGUCUUUGCCCUUGCCCUGCUCCCUCUCCCAGGGUUCCUAGCACCCACAGCCAAUACUCCAGGUGGUGGAUAUGGAGGGAGGCAGGGUACCCAGCCCUUGGAGAGGGCAAAUAUCAAGUGUCUAUAAGACAUAAGGGGUACCCUUGUUUUGGCGCUUAGUUGCAAUGUGCAGGUGUAGAGUCAGUCAUGAGGAUCAGGCAUAUCUUGUUGCUAGUCUGUUAUCUGCUGGGUGUGUGACAUGCAGUUUAUCUCCAGUCCAGCUUGCUGGAGGGAGAUUCUGUGAUUCUACUAAGCAGGUGAGGCCUGUGGCCUAUCCAACAGCCACUGACUUUGGAACCAGAAUUCUGAUUUGUUGAGGUCACAGCUAACUAUUGCCACAUCCUCAUUCCUCUCUCUUGUCAACGAUUGCUCAAGGGAAGGACUUGUACCUAGAGAUCGCAAGGGGACAUUUGCCUGGAGACCUCUAGGAAAGUUUUCUUCCCUUGGUAAAAAGAAUCCAGAAGAACUACCUCUUCUUUCCCCCGGCUUUGGCUGUGAGGAUCUGAAAGUGUGAUGGUCGGAGCCGUUGCAUCCAUUUUGUGCCUAAGAAGCGAGCCAAUGCCCAUGCACUGAAAGAGCAGAGCACAAAGAGAAGAUCUUGGGUCCUCCAACCAUGAAAUUUCUGAUUUCUGGAUUAUUUUCAUCCAAAAAAAAAAACUGUUUUAGCCAUGAUUUGUCUGUAGGGGUGUGUGUGUGUGUGUGUCUGUGUGUGUGUGUGAUGUGCUGUCAAAAGCUUCUAUCUUCUCCCUGUGGCCAGAGUUGAUUGCAUACAGGAAGAAUUCCUGACUCUAGUGGCCAACUCAGUUGCUGGCCAGUCACUAGACCCCAAAUAGAGAUUGAGACCAGAUUUUAAUCUUAAAUUUGAAUCCUAAGGGAAUAAUCAAGAAAGACUAAGGAGCCAUUGUCAUGAGAUAAAGAAGACCAGAGGCCCUCCUAAGGAAAUAGACUCAGAGAGAUAGACUCACUUUUUGAAAGUUCAUUGAAGCAGCAGCACCUAAGAGUAUGCAAAUAAAUGUGGUCACACACGGCUGACGAGUACAGUUGACCUUGAAUGAGACGGGUUUGAACCAUGCAUUUACACAUGUGCACUUUUGGUCCAUUGAGGCAUUUUAUUUGCAUGUAGCUAUUAC